UCCCCCAUCAGCAAAAUCGGAGACGAUCUCCUGAUCGAACUCCUCAUUCGUCUCCCGGACACAAAAUCCGCCUUCCGAUCCAAACCCGUCUGCAAGCAAUGGAACUCCCUCGUCUCCACUCCCUACUUCGCUCGCCGUUUCGUUUCCCGCCACAUCGCCGGCGAAUCCGGACCCAUCGCGCUUCCGGCUCCCUCAAACAUCCCGGAUCUGGUCUCGACUUUUCUUCCCCUGCCUGCCGCCGAGGCCCGUUUCCGUUUCGACGUUCUUGACUGCUUCAGGGACUUGCUCUUACUCGGGUUCAACGCGAGCCGGAGCGACAACAGCAGCGAGCUGGGGCGAACGUUAUUCCUCUGCAAUCCAUUCACCAAGCGAUGGGUCGCCCUGCCUUUAGCCCCUCGGAGGUGGUUCAGGUACGACACGUUGAUGUAA